GCCACAAACAACCUCCUCUUUCACUCUCUUCCCCCAUCCUAUUUGUUCCGCAACUUUUCCCUCCGUCGAGACCCUCUUUCAUUUCAUUUCAUUUCAUCUCUUCCCCACUCUCUCGUGCCUUUUUUCUUAACAAACAACAAACAAACCAAGCAUCAACCCUCCAUAAGAUAAAACCCCUCAUUCCACAAUCCACUCCUCAACCAUUCUACGCGAAACAUAUAGAUAGAUGGGUUUGGAUGAUGUAUGUAGCCCAGGCCUUGUAUUAGGAUUAGGCUUCCCGUCAACCGCCGAGAACAAACCACUGAAAACGGAUAACCAGAAAUCAAGAAAGCCAUGCCUCCUCAAGUCCGAACAGUUGGCCAACUUUGAGCCGUCGCUGACCUUGAGCCUUUCCGGCGGCGACACUUUCGAUAUGCUAGUCAAGAAGCUGGAUGCUACUGCUAAUAAGGCCUCGAAUACUGAGCCUCCACCUUCUGCUGCUGACUUGCAUCGUCAAGAUAGUGCUGCGUCGUCCUUCUCCAACAAUAGCGUGAAGAGGGAGAGGGAGCUCGGGAGCAGCGAAGAGGUGGAGAUCGAGAGAGUUUCGUCAAGAGUAAGUGACGAAGAUGAUGAUGGUUCUAAUGGAAGGAAGAAGCUUCGCCUCACAAAAGUUCAGUCUGCUCUUUUGGAAGAGAGCUUCAAGCAACAUAGCACUCUCAAUCCGAAGCAAAAGCAAGAUUUGGCAAGGGAACUGAGUUUAAGGCCUCGACAAGUUGAGGUGUGGUUUCAGAACAGAAGAGCCAGGACGAAGCUUAAGCAAACGGAAGUAGACUGCGAGUUCUUGAAGAAAUGCUGCGAGACGUUGACGGACGAGAACAGGAGGCUGCAGAAGGAGCUACAAGAACUGAAGGCGCUAAAACUAGCGCAGCCCUUGUACAUGCAGUUGCCAGCGGCUACCCUGACGAUGUGCCCCUCUUGCGAAAGGGUCGGCGGAGUUGGUGAAAACUCUUCCAGCAAGAGCCCAUUUUCCAUGGCCCCAAAACCGCACUUCUUUAAUCCCUUCACCAAUCCAUCUGCAGCUUGUUAGCUAGCUUUUAAUUUAGCAACAGAUAUAAUAGCGCUAAAUAGUUUACUUGGGUAUAUGAUCGUCAGACUAUGGAAAAAACCCAUAACCGGCCUUUUUUUGGUUAAGGGGCAUGCGAUCAAAGUUUUAGUUUGGAGGUUUUUUUUUUUUGUAGAAAUUCAAUAAUCAUUUCUUUUGACAUAUGUUUGUAAAUGAUGAAGCAAUAUAUAUAUAUUAUUAUUAUGGAGGGGUGGUUGUUA